AUGGCCGAGUCCAUUCCCCAAGGGGCAUGCGGGACGUACGGCGGUUAUGUUUGGCGCCUUCGUGGAAUCUGCGGAUUGGGAUUCUCACGGGUGUUCGAACCUAAACAAAAAUGCAAUGUUGGGAGUCCCAUCAGGACAAAUCUCGCUGGCUCCGAACCGGAGAUGCUGCACAAGCAUUUCCUUGCGGCUCGCGAGACACCCGGAUCACAGACCGGUUCGAUGCAGAGCAUCACCACGGCGGCCAUCCUUGGCGUCGAAAGAGGUCAUUUCACCAGACCUUUCAGACGCACGACGUCCCAGGCGCUCCUCGCUGGUGCUGAUGCCGCUGGCGACUGGUCGCCUCCGGCGGCGGUCAUCAGAUGA